AUGAUGCUCUGCUGGGUAAUUUUGCUGGUGCUCACCCUUGGCUCCAACGAGGCCUACAAAUUCCUUGUCCACUCUCCCAUAUUUGGCUAUUCUCAUACAAACUUUAUGGGCGUCAUAGCAGACACCCUUACGGAAGCAGGACAUGAUGUGACUGUCUUGAUGCCAGUCAUGGACGGAAAACAGGAGAAUAUGACUGGAGUGAAGUUAACGAGGAGGAUUAUCAAAGUACCCCCUGAUCCGAGAGUUCAAGAGUGGAUGAAGUACGAAUCAGUCAUGCUCAGCGAAGUAUGGACAAUGCAAACAAGUGUAUUCAAGCUCAUGAAGGUAAUGCAAAAUAUGACUGCUUCAUUCGUUGCUCAAUGUGAAGCUGUGAUUAACGACGACCGGUUGAUGAAACAGUUAGCUGAAGAAAAGUUUGACGUAGGGAUUUCUGAAACCUUCGACAUGUGCGGCUUAGGAAUAUUUGAAGCUUUGAAAAUACCAUCAUCAAUAGCUACUUUUUCUGGUGUUCAUAUGGACGUUGUAUCGAAAAGUAUUGGAGAACCAAUUAUCCCAAGUUAUGUUCCAGGUACUGUGGUGACCACAGGUGAUCGCAUGAACUUCAUCGAACGGUUGACAAAUGCUGCCCAUGCAGUAAUAGGACAGUUCUUUUUUGGCAGCACCUUCGCCAAAGAAGAAAUUCUUGCCGAUGCUUCUUAUGUAUUCACAAAUUCGAAUCCCUACCUUGACUAUCCUCGUCCAAUGCUACACAAAACUGUGCCUAUUGGAGGAAUAACUGUUCAUAUUGAUCCCAAGAAGAACAUUCUUCCCAAGGUUCGAAACCUUGUAAACUCUCGUGAAUUUUUUUUAUCACGCUAA